GGUCUACUUGCUGGCAACAUGCUGCGCUUGCUGGUGUUCACCACGCUGGUCCUUCAUGGACAUAGUGCCCAGGACUUUCCAGAAACCAACGCCCGGGUAGUUGGAGGGACUGAGGCCCAGAGGCAUUGUUGGCCCUCUCAGAUUUCCCUCCAGUACCAGUCUGGAGGUUCCUGGUUUCACAUCUGUGGAGGGACCCUCAUCAGAUGGAACUGGGUGAUGACAGCUGCUCACUGUGUGGACAAACAAAUGAGCUUCCGUGUGGUGGUUGGAGACCACAACCUGAGCCAGAACGAUGGCACCGAGCAGUACAUGAGAGCACAGAUCAAGGUGCAUCCCUACUGGAACAGCAAUAAUGUGGCUGCAAGCUAUGACAUCGCCCUGCUGCGCCUGGCCCAGAACAUUACCCUCAACAGCUAUGUCCAGCUGGGUGUUCUGCCAAAGGAGGGAACCAUCCUGGCUAACAACAGCCCCUGCUACAUCACAGGUUGGGGCAGGACCAUGACCAAUGGGCAGCUGACCCUGCAGCAGGCUUACCUGCCCACCGUGGACUACGCCACCUGCUCCAGCUCCUCUUACUGGGGCUCCACCGUGAAGAAUACCAUGGUGUGCGCUGGAGGAGACGGAGUUCGCUCUGGAUGCCAGGGUGAUUCUGGGGGCCCCCUUCAUUGCUUGGUGAAUGGCCAGUACACUGUCCACGGUGUGACCAGCUUUGUGUCCAGCCUGGGCUGUAAUGUCUCCAGGAAGCCCACAGUCUUCACUCGGGUCUCUGCUUACAUCUCUUGGAUAAAUAACGUCACUGCCAACAACUGAACAUUUUCUUGUGUCCAACGGCCUUCCCAAGAUGAUUCUUAGAUUCACAGCAGGACCUGAGGCCAUCAAGGAAAAACCAUUCUAACAGACUAUUGAGCCAGAUGCAGAAAUGCAAAUAAAAUUGAAUACAU